ACUUCUACCAUAGAGGUGACAACCACUGUUCCUAAUCCCACGACUACAGUACCUGCGAGUACAGCUGCAGCCACCUCAACUGCUCCAGAAACCACCACACUUACGCUAAUGACCACUUCCCCAGCUGAGAGUACACCAAUAAUUAGUACUUCUACAAUGGAAGGGACAACCACCCUUCCUCUUCUUAGCACUUCACAACCUGAAACCACUGCUGCAGCCACCUCUACCAUAGGAAUAACCUCCACCUCUCCUCUAGAGACGUCUUCUGCAGCUGAAACUACAGCAAUCACUAGUAGAACUAGAAGUGAAGAGACAACCACGCUUCCCCUUCUUACAACUUCAGAACCUGGGAGCACUGCUGUAGCCACUUCAACUCUUCCUGAGACCUCCACAACUCUUGCAGAGACCACAACCCCAACAGAGAGGACAACAAUAACUAGUACCACUGGAGCUGAAGUGACAUCCACACCUUCCCUCCCUGGAACUUCACAAGCUGAAAGCACAGCUGUAGCCAGUUCUACCACAGCAGAAAGAUCCAACUCAGCUUUCCAGACUACUACUUCAGCUGAAACUACAGCAGUAAGUAGUACUUCUACCAUAGAGGUGACAACCACUGUUCCUAAUCCCACGACUACAGUACCUGCGAGUACAGCUGCAGCCACCUCAAUUGCUCCAGAAACCACCACAGUUACGCUAAUGACCACUUCCCCAACUGAGACUACACCAAUAAUUAGUACUUCUACAAUGGAAGGGACAACCACCCUUCCUCUUCUUAGCACUUCACAACCUGAAACCACUGCUGCAGCCACUUCUACCAUAGGAAUAACCUCCACCUCCCCUCUAGAGACGUCGUCUGCAGCUGAAACUACAGCAAUGACUAGUAGCACUGGAAAGACCACAACCCCAACAGAGAGGACAACAGUAACUAGUACCACUGGAGCUGAAGUGACAUCCACACCUUCCCUCCCUGCAACUUCACAAGCUGAAAGCACACCUGUAGCCAGUUCUACCACAGCAGAAAGAUCCACCUCACCUUUCCAAACGACUUCUUCAGCUGAAACUACAGCAAUGAUUACUGAAACUACAGCAAUGAUUAGUACCACCAGAAGUGAAGAGACAACCACGCUUCCCCUUCUUACAACUUCAGAAGCUGGGAGCACAGCUCUAGCCACUUCUGCUAUUCAAGAAUCCUCCACAGCUCCACUAGAGACCACUUCUCCAACCAGUAUAGUUGAGGAGAAAACCACAGUUGCCCUUCCAAGUACUUCCCCAGUUGAAACAACCACCACUCUGGCUAUCACCACACCAGCUCCUGUGGCCACUUCCCUCACUGAGACCACAACUGGAGUCACUUCUGUUUUACCGUUGACAUCCACAAGGAGAGACAACAGCAGCCAUCUCUAUGACAACUACAACAUCGCUUUCACCUACCACAGCUGCAUUGACAAGUAA